AAAGAUAUCCUAUAUCCUAACUUGCUCCGUAUAGCCUCUACAGCUGAAAAUCAGCUGGAUGCAGCUUUACAUCUCGUGUGUCCUAGAGCAUAACCGACUUCGAAUAUCUUCCUCCAAAGUUAUCGUCGACUGUGCAAAAAUACAUUACUUCUCCAACCAUGCUAAGCAGCUCGACACCCUCUUCAAAGAUCCUAGCAAGGAAAUCCACAUUCCCGCCACCUCCAAACCACGCACCGCCGCAUCUCUCGCCCCACCGCCCGAAAUUGUCGCCAAUGUGCAAGGCUCAUCUGCCGGUGCGGGCUCCGGUGAAUUCCAUGUCUACAAGGCUAGUCGGAGACGCGAAUAUGAGCGCGUGAGACUCAUGGAGGACGAAUUGAACCGGGAAAAGGCCAACGAGGAGUUUGAAAAGAAGAGAGAAGAAAUGAAGCGCAAGGAUGAAGAGAAGACCGAAAAGAAUCGGAAGAAACGAGAGAAGCGGAAGGCAGCGAAGGCGAAGAAAGGCACCGGUGAAGCUGGGAACGCCACGGGAAAGGCGGACGGUAGAACUGGGGUUGGUGUCUUGAAUGGACCGGUGCUGCGUGAAAAUGGACACGAAGGCCCUGCUCAAUCGGAGCCAUGCGAAGAUCAUACCGAAGUCCCGGGUGUUAUUAUCCAUGACGAAGACUAAACUCGAUCCUCCUAUAUGCAAAAUAGUCGAGAAAAGUAAAAGGAGAAAAGCAAGGACCAUGAUACGUGUAGAUUAUGAAUGAUGUACUGUACGAAUAAGAUACCCAGGACAGCAUUAAUGUUGUCUUAUUGCAAUU